GGGUAUUGGUAACACUGGCUAUGGUAGUAUCCAGUGAUGAUAGUAGCGCGAUGUCUAAUUUGUCAGUGGGAUUUGAUAAGCCGUGGUGUUUAUAUUUACAUUGUUUGUUGUGAUAGGUGGUAGGUAGAAUUAUCUGUAAAGUUACAAUGAGCAGAUAUUCAAGCGACUCAAACUCUAGUCGAGGAGAAGAUCAUUAUCGGAAGAAAAAAAAGUCAAAUAGAAGUGGAGGAAGGUCAAGAAGCUGUUCAUACUCCAGCAGUGACAGUAGUUAUUCUAAACGGCACUCACGAAAGCACAAGAAGGGAAAACAUCACCACUCUCAUAGUAGGGAUCAUUAUGGCAAAAGAAUGCUCAAUGACCAGUCACACUCAAAAAAUAGGACCCAUAGCAGGCGAUCCAGAGAGAGAUCAAGGUCACUAUCAAGAGAGAGAUCACAUGACCGUAUAAUAUCCAGAUCUAAAAAGAAGGUUAAAAGGCAUUCUAGGUCCCGAUCUCCAUCAAAGUCCAGACACAGAUAUAGAUCUUACUCGAGAUCACUAUCGAAAGACAAAUCGAGAUCACGUUCACGUUCCGUACAGAGAUCUCUGUCACAGAGUUCGAGAGACUCCCAGCUGUAUACUAAAAUGAAGACAGAGAAACAAGAUCAAAAAGAAAACAGUGAAGUUAAUGAAGGACAGAAAGAAAAUGGAAAAAGUUUGAAAGAGCAAAUUACAGAAAGUGCAGAAAAGAUUCUUGGGAUUACUGUUACAGGAAUCACUUCUCUGGGACCAUCACAAAGUGUUUUGGACAAAUUGAAUAGUCCUGGAUUUGAGCAGAAAUCAUUUGUAUCAACAAAAUCUGCUGGGAGAAUAGCGGAUAAAGCACUGGAAGUUGAAGUAGAAGCACCUGCUCCGCCACUGUUAACAAAUGAUGAUGAUCCAAAAAGUAUAUUUCACUCAAGAGUCAGUAUCCUCACUGAAUGACUUCAGGGAAUCCGGAGAGACUUAACAAAAUAUCCACUUUAUGUAAUUGAAGGCAACCCCCUCUAUAUGUGGAUUAAGUUCAAAGUAAUGCCUGUAACAGAGAGAGAGAGAACCUCAUAAUAUAUAGUAUCAGACUGCAAGAUCGGUGGUUGACAUUGUGACCAUGUCACACUAUACUAUUAUUUUGGAGUAAUACUGAGAAGCAGUAUGAGUGUGGUGCUCUCAGGUCAGAAUAGCCCAUUGCAUUAGUUUAAAAGAAAUUUCCAAGAAACUUAAAACUGAAUAUCUGGAGGGAAGAUAACAGUUCUCAUAAAACCUUGUUAGGUAAAUUCAGAGAAACAAGACUGCAUAGCGGUAAUAAAACACCCUGAGGAAGGCCAUUUGCAACAGUGGCAGAAGCAUCUGAGAAUUUUAUAUAUUGUGUUUACAUACUCUGAAAAAUUAUAUUGACAGUGACAACGGCCGCGAAUGGAAUAGGACAAAAAUAGGCAAUACUGUUACAAAGUACAAUAGACCUGUAUUACACAGCAAAACUCCUUUGCUUACCAUGUCAUACUGUUCAACCAUUCCAUAUCACAUAGGCUUCUGUCAGAGAGAAAAUUAAGUACAAGAUUGGAAUAGGAUCUCUAAACAGUCACUUAUGUUUGGAGACUAUCUUUAACCCUUAAAUCUGUGAAAUCUGCAGUGCAAAUUACAUUUGUUGGAGCAGUUGAUGCUGAAAAAUUGACAAUUGUCUAAAUAUCCAUUUAAAAAA